GUCGGUACGCGUACAGAGGCGGGUAAGAGAUCACCGAGAGAGGAACAACAACGCGUUAGCUAGUCGAUAAGAAGAGAGAAAGAAGGAGAGUUCGUUAAGCGUCGGAAGUGAGGGGGCGGAGGUGCAGCACAGCUGGGUCGAAGGGGAGAGUAGUGGGGGAAGUCGUUGUCCUCGGAGUGUUGGUUCGCGCGAGCACGAGUGCUCUCGUCAGUGCGAUGCGGAACGCGUCUCUGUCGCGUCGGUUUUUCAUAGUUGCGUAUCGCGUGUGGUCUCUUUUUCGCUCUCCGUCUCGGCCCGUCCGUCCCUCUGCUAUCAAUUACUUCUUUGUUCAACCCUUUUAGAGGGAAGACGGUGCGCGACACGCGUGUGCGAUAUUGUGAAUAGUUUGUGCGGUGCGACAGAAAUGCGGUACAACGACCGCACGAAUGAGUAAUCGACCGAGAACCGGUCGGAAGGACGAGAAUCCCGGCGGAAAGGACGCCAGCCCGUGGCAGGAUCGAGCCGCUGUGCAUAGGUACUAUAGUUUCAGGAGGUAGAAAAUCGAUCGGCGGCGGAGGAGAAGAAAGAAGCGGAUAGGACCGGAGGAAGAAAAAAAGAAAAAAAGAGAAAAAGGGAAAAAAAUAUAGCGAAAGCGAGGUAGGAUCGAAAGGUUGAGCAUAUUAUCGAGAAGAAAAAGAGAAAGAGAAGGUAGCGGAAUAUCGCGUCUCGUUGGAGGAGGAUAAGAGGGCAGGCGUAAAGAGGAGAGAGAGAGAGAGAGAGAGAGAGAGAGAGAGAGAGAGAGAGAGAGGGAGGGGGUAGGGGGGAAGGGAAGAAAAAAGCGUAGAAGCGAGAAACAGUGAUGAAUCUGACGGGUGACUCUGAGAGCGCGGUGGUCGGCUGUUCGAGGAAAGGCAGAUAGCGGUAUUAGUUGUUGCUGGGCCGGAGAACGUCGAGCCGAUGCUUGCCACGGCCCUGGCCAUCGACGGAGAAGGGGCAGACGACGAAGAGGAGGAGGAGGAGGAGGCGGAGGGGGCUAGCAAAGGGCACAGUGAGGCCCAGAGGGGUGCAAUGUACCCCUCGACGUCCAAGGGAGAUUAUCCGUUCGGAAGAGCCCUGAUUUUGUUCCUGGUGCUCGGUUGCCUUUUCACCGUUGUCGAUGCUUCGCCUCUUAAUUCCCUGCCACCGCACACAGGUAUCACUCACGGCUCGUACAUCGGGUAUUACGAGAUGGCCUCUUACGAUACCGCGGCCUUGAGACAACAUCGUAACCGGAUGCGUCGCGAUCUCAGCAACGUCGUCGACGAUCAACCUCUGCUGCUGCACCUGAAAACGCUCGACAAACAGUGGACGUUACGUCUGAUUCGAGACAUGGGAUUGUUUAGCAAAGACGCGACGUUCGAGAACACCGAUGGACCGAUCUUCUUCGACGCGUCGCACACUUACGCGGGCACCGUGUUGGAAGACGAGAACACCCUGGUGCAGGGCAUCGUGACGGAGGACGGUCUCUUCGACGGCACCGUCGUCACAGCAUUCGAGGAGUAUUACAUCGAACCUACGAGUAGAUACUUGAACACAGGCGAGGAUACGUCACCGCCGUACCACAGCAUAGCUUAUCGCGCAUCGGACGUGUUGACGCCGCAGCGUUCCUUGCCUUGCGCCAGUCAUCGGUUGCAUCGCGAAACCGUUGCCGGAUCUCUACUCAGAGAAAAGAGCCAGGAGAACGAUUCCCGGACGUUUUACGAACCGCUGCUCGGCGAAAACGUUGCUCUCUACUCGAGGGAAAACAGUGCACGAGUUUUAACUUUGAAGAAGGAUAACGCCGCGGCACGUACGGAAACAACGAGCAACGGAGAUCGCAUCGCGAGACAUUUGCACAAACGUGCCACCGUGGAUCCGCGGAAAACUACCUGCAUGCUCUACUUGCAAGCGGAUCAUCAGUUUUUCGCACGAUACGGCACGGAGGAGGCUUGCAUCGAGGUGAUGACGAGACACGUGCAGAGGGUCAACUCCAUUUACAAGCACACCGAUUUCAAUCAAGAUGGAAGACCGGACAACAUCAGUUUCAUGAUAAAACGCGUCAAAGUUCACAGCGAGGACGCGCUCAGAGAUCCAAAUUAUCGAUUCCCGGGCAACUACGGCGUGGAAAAGUAUCUGGAGCUCUUCUCCGAGGAGGAUUACGACGCGUUCUGCUUGGCUUACAUGUUCACGUACAGGGACUUUGAGAUGGGAACGUUGGGCCUCGCAUGGACCGGUGAUUUGAAGAACGCUGGCGGUGUUUGCGAAAAGAACGGCCACUAUCGUGGCAGUAUGAAGUCGCUCAACACGGGAAUAGUCACUCUGCUGAAUUACGGCAAGCACGUACCGCCUGCAGUUUCUCACGUCACGUUGGCCCACGAGAUCGGUCAUAACUUUGGUUCACCGCACGAUCCGGAACAAUGCACGCCCGGCGGAGAGGAUGGAAACUUCAUUAUGUUCGCUCGUGCUACCAGCGGCGACAAGCGUAACAAUAAUCGUUUCAGCCCCUGCAGCUUGACUGCCAUAAACCCGGUUUUGAACAGCAAAGCUCGUUCGCCAAAGGGCUGCUUCAGCGAGCCGCAAGUGUCGUUGUGUGGGAACGGCGUAGUCGAGGAGGACGAAGAAUGCGACUGCGGAUGGGAAGAAGAUUGCAGGGACUCGUGUUGUUUUCCGCAACGUCGAUAUCCACCGGCGGGUGAGACUCCGUGUACACUUACGCCGGGAUCCGUAUGCAGCCCUAGUCAAGGUCCGUGUUGCACCGCCGAGUGUAAUUUACGAUUCGGCGAUAAAUGCAGAGACGACAAUGGAUGCCGUGACGCGAGCUUCUGCGACGGCCGGUCACCCUACUGUCCUCCUUCCAUCAACAAGCCCAACAAGACGAUCUGCAAUCGCGAAUUCGUCUGCUUUAUGGGAGAAUGUACCGGUAGCAUAUGCCUUGCGUACGGUUUGGAAUCGUGCCAGUGCAGCCCAGGGCCGAACGAUACUUCGACCAAAGCCUGCGAACUCUGCUGUCGUCUUCCUGGAGAGAAUCAGCCUUGCUUGUCCUCCUUUGACUGGAACUCUCCGCCCUACGAUAUUCCAGACAUGUUUUCGAAACCAGGAACACCGUGUAACGAUUACAACGGAUACUGCGACGUUUUACAAAAGUGUCGAGAGGUGGAUCCAAGCGGCCCGCUAUUGAAUUUGACCAAAUUUUUGCUAUCCGACGAGAGUCUUGCCAUUUUUCGUCGUUGGAUAAUCGACCAUUGGUACGCGGCUGCUCUGAUCGUUUUAGCAGCGGUCUCGUUAUUGGUGGCGAGCAUGAGAGUACUGGGCAAGCAACCGGAUCUGAAGCUCAAGUCGGUCACGAUAAUACACAGCUCGACGACGGAAACGGUACGUCUGCCGCCAGAAGGGACGGAGGGUGUCACGGUGCAUCCACCGGCAGUGCGCGCCAAGCUUCCGCUUAGCAGAAAAGUCAGGGAAAAGAGGAGACAUCGGAAGCAUAAAGAUCCUCAUGGGAACAACGAUAACUCUGCCAAGGACGCCGCGUCGAAGAAGAAGAAGAAUAACAAGAAGAAAGCUAGUACGCAGACGCAGGCAAAGAGGACGUCCGCGAAUCCCGGCGAGGACUUUGCCAGGAAGAGGUCGGCCGAGCCAACUACCGGCGUGAUUCAAGAGAACAAACGAAAAAAGACUGUCCCGUCUCGAGAUAAACAAAAUUCCGGCAACAACGUGGUGAUGAUGGCCGGUGGUAACGCUGACAAUGAAAAAAGGAAACGUUUCAAGAAGCAACAGAAGAAAGAAGUGAUCGACUAUUCGGCUAUUCAGGCUGAAAAAGAACCCGAGCCGAACGCCGACCCUAAGAGCAAAGUUCGUUCUUGGUUGCUGGCCUCGUCUCAGUGUCAACCGGAAACGACAAGAACGAACGCGACGACGACCGGUCUGCCAAAGAGCAAAUCCACUCCCGUGGGCCUGACGAGCGGCCAGGUCGGAAACAGGUUACCGGCGCCGAGCAGACAGCUCGUCGCUGUCAGAAGGCCCGUCGAACCGAAGCCUUUGCCUGGCAUCAAACCGCGAAAAGAGAGAGCAAAGUUGCAAGUAGUUUACAAACCGCCGUUCAAGUUCAGCGUCAAGCUGCGAAAGUCGGACAAGGUGGCUCAGCUUCCUGCUGCGGCUGCUUCUCAGCCGACAAACACGAAUCACGUUAACGGCAGAUCGAAACUUCCGAGGACAGGCGUUUUGCUCAGGACGACCAAGAAGAAGGACAGGGUGAGAAUCGGCAGAGCCAGGCAAAUAGCGCCUACAGGAAUAGGAAACGGUACCGGUGAUUUAACCGAGCCGGUAAAUUCUGACAUUCAUACCGUUCCUUCCGAUCUCGAGGUACUGCUAUCCGAGAGCGAAUUUCUAUUCUCGGACACGUGACCACGGUGAGAGACAAUAUCCGAAUCUGACUGUCGCGCGACAACCAUCCUCGACGGAAACGAAAAUCACCGGUGCAUCGAGAAAUCCCGUCCGACCGAGUCGAGAUAGACCACCAGUGUUUCAUGUUUCACGCGCCAUCCUGUGCUCUAACUAAACUAUACCAUAUCGCGCCUAAUUCUCUCAACGGAGAGACGCUCAACGCCUGCUCGAUCACGAAUCAAACUAGGCAGGCAGGCAGGCAGGCAGGCAGGCAGGCAAGCUCCUCCUCCUCCUCCUCCUCCUCCUCCUCCUACUCCUCCUCCUCCUACUCCUCCGUUUUAUCCUAUUUUACCCGGUAUGGCUGCUGGCCAUCUUUCUUCUCUCUUUUAAACAAACAAGUUUACGCAACCCCAAACGAGCUUCCAUCUUUUACCGAGCUGGAAUUUAGUUCCUUACGGGUUCUAAUAUCUUGACGAGCAACCACACCGCCAUCGCGCACGCUUCUCGCUCUUGUUCGUCUCUUCCUAAACCAAUCGAAACAUCGGUAUGUACCACACGUGGAUACGUAAACGGGUAACGAUCACGGAAAAACGAUGCGCACUGGUACUGUACACACCAGUGAUAGUUUCCCACGAGAUCCAACCCAAGUUUUCUUCUUCCAAAGAAAAGGGGCCAAAUUCAACUUUUAAAAGACUAUUGUGCAUUCAUGAUUGCGCGUGUACGACGUAAAGGUAAAGCAACAGCAUAGAAUCGCUUGCCUCUACCACGAACAAAACUAAAUAAAGUCGUGCACAAAUUUUACUUUCCGUCUGCAGGCUAUUUUUCGAUUCAUUUCCAAUCACGAUUUCUCUACGGAGUGACUCGAAAUACAUAUACGAUACGUUCCAUAAGAGGGGACACAAUGCGUGACGAUUACUUGCAAAUUCGAGUAACAGUUUUUCGAAAAAUGUCUCAACCUUUUGGCAUUUCUUGUUUUCCAUCGUUGCAAGAGGCGAAUUGUAACGUGAUCCAUUGGCCUAUUUUCGAGACACGCAAACGCCUAAACUUAUCGCUGUAUCGCGUGCCUAUUAAGUAUACCGUACACCGUACACCGCUCUUCGAAACUUGGAAAAGGGAUCUCACAGUUAGAAGAAGAGAAGUUUGUUGUUUUGUUGGCGAUGAUGGAUGUGAGAGGGAUACGACAGGAAGCUCGCAGACGACUUAAAGACGACGUAAUCAUGACAAGACGCGCAGAAUUUCAGUACUUUGUUACGAUCGCAACGAUCGCAACGAUCGCGUUCGGUUCUCAAAGUCAGUUUUUAGUUUCCACAUUUUCGGAAGAUCGUUGAUCGAACAACGCCUUAACUUUGAUACUUGGCCUGCGCUUGCUGUUUAUCUAACAUACUGUUUUCAUGGUUCCUAUUGCCGGCAAUUCCUAAUCGCAAUGUGUAAACCUUGCCGGAUUAUUUGUAUUUCCAGUGUGUAAGCGUUGAUAGUGAUGAUGAUGAUGACGACGAUGACGACGACGACGACUACGAGGAUGAUGAUGAUGAUGAUGAUGAUGAUAAAACUCGUUGAACUAUUUAUAUUUUUGAGACUGUACAAAUAUACGAGAAUCAGCGACACGUUACUAGGUUUCCGUGAAUUUUAGUUCCCCCGUCGGAUUAUAGAUCGUUAGAUAGACAGAAUUAUCGAAACUUAAUUAGUUGUACCGACUGCGCGGUGCUAUUAAUCGAUACGCUUACUCUAUUAAAAUGAUUUUGCGUCCAUGAAAUAUAUUUCCCCUUUUAUCGUUGUAAGUGAUUCUUGCGAUCAGUGAGUUCAAGUUCCUUUCGUUCAUGGGUCAGACGAGAGCUUAUCUUUUACUUUUAAAACUACAUUUUUUGUGUAAAAAUACUCGAGCUUUCCUUGGACUCGUACGAGAAGCUCUUCUUUUUAAAACGUUCGUCAAAGAUCCCGUUCCGGGUAACGGUUACGAUUUUAUGCGUGAUAAGAUGGAAAACAUGUUCGAAAUGUGCUAUGGACUUGCAAGAAUGAUGUUUUAAAGAAAAAGAAAACGCUUCUGUGUACGGUGCCUGUCGGUGUUACGACCGAGCGCGAUAAACGGUUUCAUCGACGAAAAUUUAUAAAUACGCUACGAACAAAACCAACGAUACAUUUUUAAGAAUUUAUGAGCAGAUUUGAUGACCACCGUCGAUGAGACUCGUUGCAACUUGGGACGACGGAGGUGGGCAAAUCUCUCUUUCAAAGUACAUACUCGUAAACAUAAAUACUGCGGCAGAAUGAACGCGUAAGAGAAAGGAAGGAAGCGCUCCCAUUUGCUCAUCUCCGAAUCAACCUGUACGAAUAAAUGAAAAGGAUUGAAAUGAAAAAAUAAUCCGUUGCUUGUGUGUAUGCAUACGCGUGUGCGUGUAAGUACGUGUAUUUGAAUCGUAAGGGUACGCGAUUGUAUUAUCGAUAGGUGAAUUUCUCUGUACGUAGAUGCUCAAGAAUCAGGCGCAAAUCGAGGUUCGAUCGGAUAUUCGAUUCGCGCGUGACUGAUAUUUAACGAAAGCAACCGUUGGCCCGAUGCAGCAGCCUCGGCCCACGAUCCGAUCAAAUUUCCACGAUUCGUUUUUCUUCGCGAGUUCUUUCAGGCCCGAAAAUAAUCAAUUCCAUAAAGAAACUCUAUCAAAUGGAAGAAAAUAAUUGAUCGACGCCCGAUCGAGCAAAGGGUCUGAAAGUCGAACCAAGAUUAACUUUGCAGAAAGUUGCAUUGGUCGAGCGAUGCGAUCAACGAGUCGACGUAGACGAAUAUGUAUGUAUAAUGGGUUGCGUAAUAAGGUAAUGUGAUUUUACUUUUAAGACCGAUCUGUGUUAAAUUUCAGAGUCCGAGACUUUACCGGUUCUGAGCCAGUGGUGAUGUCGGCCGAUCGACACCACGAUGUUAUUCGUUCGAUACCCCGAAACGUUUCCAUUAGAUAAUUUAGUUUGCCAUAGAUCAGGACACACAGGUUCCAUAUAGCGUUAGAUAUAAAAAAUAGUAGUAUUAAAGUUACAGCAUAUCCAAUUUAAAAUUAACGAUCUAUCCAAGAAAAUUCGAGGGGGAACGAUAAAAUAAUUUUUUUUUUCACGAUCUCAGGAAUACUUUUUGCGACUCUGUUUUUACAGUGUUAUCGUUUUCGAGCGCGCAUGCCGUUUAAACGGUAAACAGUACUAAUUUACCCGUUUCUCAUCGUUACACGAUUAACGACGAUGAACGUUUUAGUUCGUAAGCAAUUACGGCGACUAGCCGAUCACUGAGAAAACUAACAUUCGUACUUGUAGUGAUUCCUAACGCUCGGGUGUCCAUUGGCUUCCUACUCCAACACCCCUCCCCCCCCCCCCCUUCUUUGUUCGUUUGAUCGAAAUGACCAAGAGAAGAACAAAAUGAAGAAAACAAUAGGUAUGAUCGGUCGAGAAUUAUUAUCUCGACUACAAAGAAAAAUCCGAUCCGCGGAACAAAGAACAUCAAGAACGGUCGAACGUUCCCGUCCGAUUUUUCAUCGUUCAACACGCCCGAGGCGAGACUGUUCAUUUAUCGCGUACUUACAUAUGUAUGUAUAUCCUAUACAAGAUAGGGCUGCUGUAUUUUUACACGGACUUUGUACAAGCAACGAGAGCCUCGCCUCUCGCGCGCGCGCGCGCACACACACACACACACACACACACACGA